GCUCGCUUCCCCCCCCACACUUCCUCUUCCGCCCGUGAGGUCACACAGCCGAGCAAAAAAAAAUGGCGUCGCGUUAUUACCAGACGAUGCAAGAGAACUUCAAAACGAACAACAAGAGUCGCGAGUUCCCGGCGCACUCGGCCAAAGUUCACUCGGUGGCGUGGAGCUGCGACGGCAGAAGACUUGCGUCGGGAUCCUUCGACAAGACCGCCAGUGUUUUUGUCCUGGAAAAAGACCGACUGGUGAAGGAGAACAACUACCGUGGGCACAGCGACAGCGUGGAUCAGCUGUGCUGGCACCCCACCAACCCGGACCUCUUCGUCACAGCAUCGGGCGACAAGAGUGUCCGAAUAUGGGACGUGCGCACCACCAAGUGCAUGGCCGUCGUCACUACCAAAGGCGAGAACAUCAACAUCUGCUGGAGUCCGGACGGCCAGACGAUCGCCGUGGGGAACAAGGAUGACGUGGUGACGUUCAUCGACGCCAAGACCCACAAGACCAAGGCCGAGGAGCAGUUCAAAUUUGAAGUCAACGAGAUCUCCUGGAACAACGACAAUGACAUGUUUUUCCUCACCAACGGCAACGGAUGCAUCAACAUACUCAGUUACCCCGAGCUGAAGACCAUCCAGUCGAUCAACGCUCACCCGUCUAACUGCAUCUGCAUCAAGUUCGACCCGACGGGCAAAUACUUCGCCACGGGCAGCACGGACGCGCUGGUCAGUCUUUGGGACGUGGACGAGCUGGUGUGCGUGCGCUGCUUCUCCAGGCUGGACUGGCCCGUGAGGACGCUGAGCUUCAGUCACGACGGGAAGAUGCUGGCGUCGGCGUCGGAGGACCACUUCAUCGACAUCGCCGAGGUGGAAACAGGCGAGAAGCUUUGGGAGGUUCAGUGCUUGCCCACGUUUACGGUGGCCUGGCACCCCAAGCGCCCCCUUCUGGCGUACGCCUGCGAUGACAAAGACUGCAAGUAUGACAACAACCGCGAGGCGGGAACAGUCAAACUUUUUGGCCUCCCCAACGACUCCUGAUGUUACAACCGGUGUAUGAAAAACCCUUCAAGUCAUACGAGUAACAUUUUUCCACCUCAAGUGCAACUUUUAGCCUACUCGUUUGACCUUUUGACGGCUAGGAAAGAUAUUCAGGAUUUCAUGUACUCAAGUGCAAGUUUUUCCCCUCACUAUGGGAUAAAUGUCCAAAUGGUUUUCCAUAGGAGUUGACCUGUAUGAUAUAUUUACCUCUGCUGCCAGUAGGUGGCGUUGCUGUAAAAUAUUUUUUUAAUGUACAAAAUAAGUGAACUUUUGCUAUUAAACAUGUUUUUGUUACA